AUGUACGAUGAUGCUGGGCAUGGACCAGCGUGCCGCCUGCCACACGUGGACUUCCCUCAUGGUGAGCACGUGAAAUCGCCGAGGCCGCACGAGGAGAUGAACGUGCGGGACCUGCCUUCCUCCUUCUUCUGGGGUGACCUUGACGGCCGCAACUUCUUGUCCGGCAUGAAGAACCAGCACAUCCCGCGCUACUGCGGCAGCUGCUGGGCGAUGGCGACAACUUCGAUGAUGUCGGAUCGCAUCAAGAUCAUGCGGCACAACGCGCAGCCGGAGAUCAACUUGUCCCCGCAAGUCCUCAUCAACUGCCAUGGCGGAGGCUCUUGCCGAGGAGGAGACCCGGCGCAAGCUAUGCAUUACAUGUUUGAGAACGGGUUGCCAGACGAGACUUGUCAGAACUACGAGGCAGUCAACGGAGCCUGCGCUCCCUACGGCAUCUGCGAGACCUGCGAGCCAGGCAAAGACGAGGAGCACUUCCUGCCAGGCACCUGCUCUGCCGUUUCGAAUUACUCCUCGUGGUUCGUGGAGGAGUAUGGCUGGGUGAACGGAGGAAGCGAUGAGGAUGCGGCAGGAAACCGACUGACUUCAGCAGAUAAGAUGAAGGCAGAGAUCUUGUCGCGAGGUCCGAUCUCGUGCGGCAUGUUCGUGACCAAAAAGUUCGCCGAGUACGGAGGAGGAGUCUUCCAGCAGUUCUCUCCCUUCUCCUUCCUCCUCAACCACGAGGUCUCGGUUGUCGGCUGGGGCAAGGAAGGAAGCGACGAGUACUGGAUAGGAAGAAACUCGUGGGGAACCUACUGGGGCGAGCAGGGGCUCUUCCGUAUCCUCAUGCAUAAGUUCAACCUCGGCAUUGAGACUCAGUGCAUGUGGGCAACCCCAGCAGCCAAGCGAGGGCCAGCAGGAAGCCAUAGAGGUGUAAAGGGCAAGAGAGGAGGAGGAGGAGGAGGUUCAAUCGUCUCUCGCGGAAGCUACUUCGUAGAUGAGAGCGUGAAGAAGGGAGCUUAUCACGACUACAGGCACCCGUGUCGCAUCCGCGGAGGGAGGAGGGAGCAGGUGCGGGAGGUGAGAGGAAAGGAAGUCAGCACGCUGGGGAUCCCUCAGAGUUGGGACAUUCGAAACCUCUCGGGGGUGAGCUACGCGACGCCGAACAGGAACCAGCACAUUCCUUCCUACUGCGGCUCUUGCUGGGCCUUCUCUACCACCAGCGCUCUGAGCGAUCGAAUCAACCUGAUGAGAAACAACUCGUUUCCUCGCUAUGUCCUCUCCGCUCAGGUUCUCGUCAACUGUGUGACUGCCAACGAGACCAGAGGCUGCAGGGGAGGAGACCCAACGGCAGCGUACGAGUGGAUGGAGGAGCAGGAUGUACCCGACGAGACCUGCCAAGCCUAUCAGGCCAAGGACCUCGAAUGUAGCGACUUGACUGUCUGCGAGACCUGCUCCUUUCUUUCCUCCUUCCGCCCCAACGUCUGCUCUCCCGUCACCCGCUUCCAGAGGUUCCGUGUGGAAGCCCACGGGCAGCUGCGCGGAGAAGUGGCCAUGCUGGCAGAGAUCGCGGCACGAGGGCCCAUCGUCUGCGGGAUGUGCGUCACGGAGGAGGUGGAGAAGUACGCUGGCGGCGUCUUGCGAGACUCCACGGGCUGCGUCGACCAGGAUCAUGCAAUCUCCAUCGCUGGGUACGGCGAGACCGAAGACGGGAUCAAGUACUGGAUCGGAAGGAACAGCUGGGGGACGUACUGGGGAGAAGAGGGCUGGUUCAGGAUUGUGCGAGGAGAGAACAACUUAGGAAUUGAGGAUGCGUGCGACUGGGCGACGCCGAAGAAGACGUGGGAGUAA